CUUGCAGCGAACGCGCCGAUGACAUAGUCGUAUUAAAACACUCAAGUCGUGCUGUCUUUCUAGCCGCAGACAUUCGGUCAAUCGACUAUCACAAUGGCAACGCUCCUUUCCAGGACCUCACGCCUAUCUCUAUCGAGUUCCGGCCGAGUCCAACGAAGAUGGCAGUCUUCAUUCUCCCAUCUCGAGCGAGAAAUGACGACCAGGAAGAUCCGACCAGUUUUCGAUGACUUGACGCCUCAGAACUCCUUCCGGCUCAAUGUAUCGCUGGCCGACUUCCUGUCUGACACUCGUGCACCACUCACUCCCCCAGCGCCGAACAAUCCACUACCGAUGCCAAUCCCUCACCAUCUGCUGUACUUUGAGCCCACGAAACCACCAUCAGAAUUACUCCCUGAUGGCACAAAUCCGGACCACUCGCCCGGCGACCCCUUUGUCCGUCGUAUGUGGGCCGGCGGCAGUGUAUUGUUCGAUUCGAACAAGCCUUUGCUCAUGGACAAUAGCCGUGCUGUGUGCGUCGAGGGCAUCCGAGACGUUGCCGUGAAGGGCAAGCCUGGAGACGAGAAAGUCUUCGUUGGCAUCGAACGCCGCAUUGCUGCUCUGAAUCAACAGGAGGAAAGGUUGAUGGCAGACGCGAGCGGGGAAGAAGACAUGAUAAUCGCUUUGGAAGACCAGAUCAGACAGCGGCUGUGGAUGCCUUCUGACAUUGAAUUCGGACCGGCCAACAUCAUAGAGCGUCGCAACAUCGUCUUCAUGCGAGAGAGGUCUCCGGAAGAAGCAAAGCAAGCCGUUGCUGCUGCGAAGAAGCCCGGCAAGAUGUUGAAGCCUCAGCACAACCCCGACUUUCACCACACUCUUCGACCAGACGCCCAACUACUGUUCCGCUACAGCGCCCUGACAUUCAAUGCUCAUUCCAUACAUCUGGAUACACAAUAUUGCCAGCAGGUCGAAGGCCACAGACACUUAUUAGUUCACGGCCCUCUGUCUUUCACCCUCAUGUUGACUAUUUUACAACAACAGUUGGCCAAGGAGGGAGGUCGCGAGCACAUUGUCUCGGUCGAGUACAGGAAUCUUGCCCCACUAUACGCCUACGAUCCCUUGAAAAUCUGCGGAAGGCGCGCUGAUGACCUCAAGUAUGAAGUCUGGGCUGAAACUCCAGAAGGCGGCAUUGCCGUGAAGGGUACUGUCAAGACGAAGAAACCGUAGUCAUUGGAAGCACAUCCGCUGCUUUCGUGUGCUGAAGCCCUAAGCCAGACUUCACCCCAUGUGGACCAUUUACAACACAAUGUAAAAACUUCAGGCAGCAUUAAGAUUGCUCUUGUUCAUGUCUUAUUACCAGCCCAGGGUCCAUCAUCUAAACAAUCGACACCGGAUAAGCGUCACUCGAUUGCUCUUAGAAAUACCGCACUCGCAAAUCCUGCCAUCUAGCUUG